CUAAAUGUUGAUCAUUAUUACAAAUAUUAAAUUUAAAAUGAAGCUAUCUUUGGGACAAUAGACAAAAACUGAACAUUAAAGACAAAUCUAAACGGAAAUGUAUGCAUCUGUUUCCUGCAUCAACAUUUUACUGUCAUUUUACAGUUGUAAUUCCUUCGAUUUAUAAAUUAUUUUUAUGGUUUAUAAAUCGAGGAAACAAGUAAAUUGUGUGCACAUUUAUCCUACUAUUUUAUUUCCAGCAGGUUAUGUCCGGGGCUCCGUGACACACAUCCCUCAAAGCACCUGAAAUGAGUGAAUCCCUGUGCUUACAAGCUUCUUGAAACAGUUUAUAAUGUUAUUAUAAGUGUUUUGGACAGCUCGUGUCAUUUUUUUCUGACGCGUGACAUCGCUAACGUAUUUUUUCCUUGCACAGAUUCAGAUUGACCAACAAGAAGCUGCUUUCACCAAUGAGAAACCUGAAACAAACCUUGGACACGCCCAUUACUCCGAGCUGCAGCGCCCCGUUUGUGUUCAGUUUCAGUCAGAGUCGAUCUUCUGAGGUGAGGAGAGCAGCUCACGGUAUUUCUCAUAUUUCACAACCAUCAAACACACUUUAUACAGUUUGAUUGAGCGAUUUUGUGUGUUCGUUUAAGUUGUUGUUUCUUUGUUUGGGGUGAGAACUUUUACUGAAUGUCAAAAGUCAAAGUUUGAGAUCUGUGAGGGGAAUUGAUGUGAAAAGUGUUGCUGUUGCCAUUUCAUUUCUAUCUUUUGAUUUCUAAAUUUCUAUCUUUCUAUCUCUUUGUCAGCUUAGUUAUUUUACAUUAUUAAACUGGAACAGAGACUGCUAAAUACAUCGAGCCUGUAAUGAUCCAGCUCCUCCCACUACAGUUCAUCAUCAAUGAAGCUCCUCCCACUACAUUUCAUCAUCAGUGAAGCUCCUCCCACAUCAGUUCUCCAAUAAAUACUGGAAUCAGACGAGCUUCAGGAAGAGCUGAAAUCUGCAAAGACUGAGUUUAUUAAAGAGGACAGUGAGAACAUGAGUGAUCCAGAACCCUGCAGAAUGAAACACACUGAAGAACAAAGAGACCCGAUAGAAGAGAGUGAGGAGAGUGAAGAACUGAGUGAAGUGGAGGAGAAACAUCAUGACAAACCUGGAGAAAAACCUUUGAGUCGCUCAAAGACUAAAAAGACAUUUUUAAAGAAAAGAAGAGCAAAGAAAUCUACAACCUGCACUCAGUGUGGAAAGAGUUUCACAACCAAACAAAAUCUUGAGAUUCACAUGAGGAUCCACACCGGAGAGAAGCCGUUCACAUGUGAUCAGUGUGGAAAGAGUUUCACAUACAAACAACAUCUUGAGAUUCAUAAGAGAGUUCAUACUGGGGAGAAGCCAUUCACAUGUGACCAGUGUGGGAAGAGUUUCACAAGAUCAGAAUGCCUUAAAUUACACAUGACAAUCCACACCGGAGAGAUGCCAUUCACAUGUGAUCAAUGCGGAUGGAAAUUCUUAACCAAACAAAAGUUUGAGGUUCAUGUAAGAGUUCAUACUGGAGAGAGGCCGUUCACAUGUGAUCAAUGUGGGAAGAGCUUUAUGGAUUUGUCAAAACAUAAAAGACACAUGAAAAUCCACACUGGAGAGAAGCCGUACACAUGUGAUCAAUGUGGGUUUAGUUUCAUAGAAUCAAGUAAACUUAAGAGACACAUGAGGAUCCACACUGGAGAGAAGCCGCAUACAUGCAUUACAUGUGGAAAGAGUUUCACAGAUUCAGGAAACCUUAAGAUUCACAUGAGAAUCCACACUGGAGAAAAGUCUUUCAUGUAUGAACACUGUGAAAAGAGAUUUUCAACCAAACAUAGUCUUGAGCUUCACAUGAGAAUUCAUACUGGAGAGAAGCCAUUCACAUGUGAUCAGUGCAGGAAGAGAUUCAGAGAUAAACCAAGUCUUGAUCUUCACAUGAGAGUUCACACUGGAGAGAAGCCAUACAUGUGUGUUGAGUGUGAAAAGAGAUUCACUCACAGAAAAAAUCUUAUUGAUCACAUAAGGAUCCACACUGGAGAGAAGAUGCACACAUGUGAUCACUGUGGCAAAAUAUUCAUUGGGUCAUCAGCCCUGAAGAAACACCUGACAGUUCAUACAAAGGAGAAGCCACAUUCAUGUUCUUUGUGCGGAAAGAGUUUUUCACUGCUGCAAAGUUUACAGAGACAUCAGAUAAUACAUGCUGGUGUGAAAGAGUUCAUGUGCUUUGAGUGUGAGAAGACUUUUACUAGAGCAAACUGUUUAAAAUUGCACCAGAGAAUUCACACUGGAGAAAAACCUUACAAGUGUUCACACUGUGACAGGAGAUUCAGGCAGUCAUCACAUUUGAAAAUACAUGAGAGGAUCCACACUGGAGAAAAACCUUACAAGUGUUCACACUGUGACAAGAGAUUCAGUGUGUCAUCAUCUCUGAAAACACAUGAGAGGAUCCACAGCAGAGAGAAGCUGCACACGUGUGAUCAGUGUGGAAAGUGUUUCUCUUGUAAAAGUCACCUGAAGAUACACAUGAAGAUCCACUUAGUUUCCUAACAGCCAUGUUGAGUGACAAGGACAUUUUGUUGUUAGAUUGUAGCGGUGGGCGAUCUGAUGAGUUUAUAUCAUGUUUUAUGUUGAAGAUGUCUUCAAGAGAAUCAUAGAGAUUGUGAUCUUUUAUAUCUUCGUAAUAUUGUUAAAACUACACCAAUGAAUGCCCAUUAGAUGAUUGUGCUGACUGGCCAAAUUAUAUCACUCCAUCAAGUGUCUUUCAUGCAUGGUGAUGUAUUUGAAUAAUAAUUCAAUGCAAGAUAGCAAUAUAGCUGUGAGAGGAAUUGAUUUGAGGAAUUUCAUUUUAAUUUUGAUUAUAAAAACUGGAUUUAAAAAAAAUGGAAGAUGCAGAUGUAAUCACAGAAUCCAGUCAUAAAAAUGAAAUUUAUUCUAUACCUGUAUAAUCUGUCAAAUUUAUGAUGAAUAAAUCAAAAGCAGGUCAGUAGAAUCAGAUUGUGAUAUGGAGUAGUGGACUCGAACCCAUAACAUUUAGGUUACAAGUCUGACUCUAACCACUAGGCCACAACUACACAUCAAGUGGUAGAUAAUGUGCAUGAUUCAGAGAGACAGCAACGUGGCCGUUUGACUUGCUAUCACGCUUCGUUGCUGAAGCAUUAAGAGUUCCUUUCACUGGAACUAAGGGUUCAAGCCCAACCCCUGAAAAACAACUCCACACCAUAAUCCCUCCUUCACCAAACUUUACACUUGGC